AUGUCUGAUGCGGGUGAACCCGAGGGAGACCAAGUCUUGAUUGCGACUGCGCAUGAUGUGCGAUAUUUCAUCACUAUGUUGCGUGGUGUCAAUAUCUCCAAUCGUGCUACUUUCGCCGUAACUGGGAAUGGCUUGAUUGUCUCAGUCGAGGAGGCCCGUACUUUGCUCGGUAAAGCUUCCUCAAUUGUGACUGAAUCGGUUCUCAGGGCCUUAUACCGCCUUUUCCUAGCUACUGCAUACAUCUACAAAAGUGUCUUUGAUGAGUUCAUAUACAAUCCAGACACGCCACAGUCGCAAUCACAGCCGCAGCCAGAAUCACAAGAAGACGAGGAAGAAGAGAAAACCUCAAUCACAUCGUUCGAGAUUCAGCUCACUACGCUCAUAGAUUGUCUCAACAUCUUCGGCACAGCAGGAACAUCCGCCUCAGCAACAACGAAAUACCGACGAUGGAAGACGGACCAACCCUCAGACAACGAGGAAGACGGAAACGAGCAGUCAAGCCGAUCCAAAAAGAGUGCUGCAAACGGCCGCAUAGAACAGUUUUUUGGAUCCGAGAAAGGCACGGGCAUGCACUUGACAUAUGCGGGGGCAGGCUACCCACUGACAUUGCUGGUAGCGGAGGAUUCAAAGGGUCCCACUGCGACCUGCGAGAUCACGACAUUCCAACCGGACCCUGUGUUAUCUUUGGAUUUCGAGCCCGAGGACGCAGGAGGGCAGGGCAGCUGGGCGUUCAUCCCCGCCCCGACUGCGACUGCAUGCCGCUGGGAAUUUUGGAAGCACGGAGAUGGACUACCCCAGCGACAGGGAGGUCUUGGAAUCAUGCAAGUGUAA